GGCCGCCGCUGCGAGAGGCGUGUCUCCCUGCUUCCUCCCCCGCCUGCCUCCCUCUCCACCUCUCUCCCCUCCCUCCUCCUCUCCGCCCUCCCCGCCCCGCUCCUUUUUCUGCUCCCCAAGUGCGCCCGGCGCGCGAGAGGCGGGCGGGGCGGCGUGGAGCAGGCAACCCAUCGCGCUCGCCCACCGCCCGCUCGGCGAAGCUCCCCGCUGCCGCUCUCGUCGCCGCCGCUGGCGCGUCGGAGGGAACCUAGCAUGGCCGGGCCGGGCUCGCAGCGGCGCGCGUCCCCGGGGGCCUCGGCGCUCCUGACCGCCGCGCUUCUCUAUGCCGCGCUGGGGGACGUGGUGCGCUCGGAGCAGCAGAUCCCGCUCUCCGUGGUGAAGCUCUGGGCCUCUGCUUUUGGGGGAGAGAUAAAAUCUAUUGCCGCUAAGUACUCCGGCUCCCAGCUUCUGCAGAAGAAAUACAAAGAGUAUGAGAAAGACGUUGCCAUAGAAGAAAUCGAUGGUCUCCAACUGGUGAAAAAGCUGGCAAAGAACAUGGAAGAGAUGUUUCACAAGAAGUCUGAAGCAGUGCGGAUGUCUCCAUGUGAAAAAGUCAGCUGUUUAACUCCAUACAUAUUUGCAUUAUUGCAGCGUCUGGUGGAGGCUGCAGAGGAAGCACACCUGAAACAUGAAUUUGAUGCAGACUUGCAGCAGCAAGGAGAAACCAGGUCACACCCUCCACACGUUGCUUUGAAGUCUCCUCAGUACGAAUACUUCAAUGCCGUGCUGAUAAAUGAAAGGGACAAAGAUGGGAAUUUUUUGGAGCUGGGGAAGGAAUUCAUCUUAGCCCCAAAUGACCAUUUUAAUAAUUUGCCUGUGAACAUCAGCCUGAGCGACGUUCAAGUGCCAACGAACAUGUACAACAAAGAUCCAGCAAUUGUCAAUGGGGUUUAUUGGUCCGAAUCCCUAAACAAAGUUUUUGUAGAUAACUUUGAUCGUGACCCGAGUCUCAUAUGGCAGUACUUUGGAAGUGCAAAGGGCUUUUUUAGGCAGUAUCCGGGGAUUAAAUGGGAACCAGAUGAGAAUGGAGUCAUUGCCUUUGACUGCAGGAACCGAAAAUGGUACAUCCAGGCAGCGACUUCUCCAAAAGACGUGGUCAUUUUAGUGGAUGUCAGUGGCAGCAUGAAAGGGCUCCGUCUGACGAUCGCAAAGCAAACAGUCUCAUCUAUUUUGGAUACGCUGGGGGAUGACGACUUCUUCAACAUAAUUGCCUAUAACGAGGAGCUUCACUACGUGGAACCUUGCCUGAAUGGAACGUUGGUGCAAGCUGACAGGACAAACAAGGAGCACUUCAGGGAGCAUCUGGACAAACUUUUUGCCAAAGGAAUCGGAAUGCUGGAUAUAGCUCUGAAUGAGGCCUUCAAUAUUCUCAGUGAUUUCAACCACACUGGACAAGGAAGCAUCUGCAGCCAGGCCAUUAUGCUCAUCACUGAUGGGGCAGUGGACACCUAUGACACUAUCUUUGCAAAAUACAAUUGGCCAGAUCGAAAGGUUCGCAUCUUCACGUACCUCAUUGGAAGAGAGGCUGCUUUUGCAGACAAUCUCAAGUGGAUGGCCUGUGCCAAUAAAGGAUUUUUCACCCAGAUCUCCACCUUGGCUGAUGUGCAGGAAAAUGUCAUGGAAUACCUCCACGUACUCAGCCGGCCCAAAGUCAUUGACCAGGAGCACGACGUGGUGUGGACUGAAGCGUACAUCGACAGCACUCUUGCCAAUGAUCAGGGCCCCGUCCUGAUGACCACGGUCGCCAUGCCUGUGUUUAGUAAGCAGAAUGAAACUAGAUCAAAAGGCAUUCUUCUGGGUGUGGUCGGCACAGAUGUCCCAGUGAAAGAACUUCUGAAGACCAUCCCCAAAUACAAGUUAGGGAUUCACGGCUAUGCCUUUGCAAUCACAAAUAAUGGAUAUAUCCUGACGCAUCCAGAACUCAGACCACUGUAUGAAGAAGGGAAAAAGCGGAGGAAACCUAACUACAGUAGUGUUGACCUUUCUGAGGUGGAGUGGGAGGACCGCGAUGAUGUGUUAAGAAAUGCCAUGGUCAAUAGAAAGACCGGGAAGUUUUCCAUGGAGGUGAAGAAGACAGUGGACAAAGGGAAACGGGUUUUGGUGAUGACAAAUGACUACUAUUAUACAGACAUCAAGGGUACUCCUUUCAGUUUAGGUGUGGCGCUCUCAAGAGGCCAUGGGAAAUAUUUCUUCCGAGGGAAUGUAACCAUUGAAGAAGGCCUGCAUGACUUAGAACACCCUGAUGUGUCCUUGGCAGACGAAUGGUCCUACUGCAACACUGACCUACACCCAGAGCACCGUCAUCUAUCUCAACUAGAAGCUAUUAAGCUCUACCUCAAAGGCAAAGAACCUCUGCUCCAAUGUGAUAAAGAAUUGAUACAAGAAGUCCUUUUUGAUGCUGUGGUGAGUGCUCCCAUUGAAGCCUAUUGGACCAGCCUUGCCCUCAACAAAUCUGAGAAUUCUGACAAGGGUGUGGAGGUGGCCUUCCUCGGCACUCGCACGGGCCUCUCGAGAAUCAACCUGUUUGUUGGGGCCGAGCAGCUCACCAAUCAGGACUUUCUGAAAGCUGGAGACAAGGAGAACAUCUUUAAUGCAGACCAUUUCCCUCUCUGGUACCGAAGAGCCGCUGAGCAGAUUCCAGGGAGCUUUGUCUAUUCGAUCCCAUUCAGCACAGGAACAGUCAACAAAAGCAAUGUGGUGACAGCAAGUACCUCCAUCCAGCUCCUGGAUGAACGGAAGUCUCCUGUGGUGGCAGCUGUAGGCAUUCAGAUGAAACUUGAAUUUUUCCAAAGGAAGUUCUGGACUGCCAGCAGACAGUGCGCCUCUCUGGAUGGCAAAUGUUCUAUCAGCUGUGAUGACGAGACUGUGAACUGUUACCUCAUAGACAAUAAUGGAUUUAUUCUGGUGUCUGAAGACUACACACAAACUGGAGACUUUUUUGGUGAGGUGGAGGGAGCUGUGAUGAACAAAUUGUUAACAAUGGGCUCCUUUAAAAGAAUUACCCUUUAUGACUAUCAAGCCAUGUGCAGGGCCAACAAGGAGAGCAGCGAUGGUGCCCAUGGUCUACUGGAUCCUUAUAAUGCCUUCCUUGCUGCAAUAAAAUGGAUAAUGACAGAACUUGUCUUGUUCCUGGUGGAAUUUAACCUCUGCAGUUGGUGGCACUCAGAUAUGACAGCUAAAGCCCAGAAAUUGAAACAGACCCUGGAGCCUUGUGAUACUGAAUAUCCAGCGUUCGUCUCUGAGCGCACCAUCAAGGAAACCUCAGGGAACAUUGCUUGUGAAGACUGCUCCAAGUCCUUUGUCAUCCAGCAAAUCCCAAGCAGCAAUCUGUUCAUGGUGGUGGUGGACAGUAGCUGCCUCUGUGAGUCUGUGGCCCCCAUCACCAUGGCACCCAUUGAAAUCAGGUAUAAUGAAUCCCUUAAGUGUGAACGUUUAAAGGCUCAGAAGAUCAGAAGGCGUCCGGAAUCUUGUCAUGGCUUCCAUCCUGAGGAGAAUGCGAGGGAGUGUGGGGGUGCGCCGAAUCUCCAGGCCAAGAUGGUCCUUAUCCUGCUCCCACUGCUUUUGAUGCUCUUCUCAAGGUGACACUGAUGGAGAUGUUCUCUUGGCAUGCUAAAGUAUGGAUAAACUGUGAGCCAAAAUAUGGUGCGACAUAGGAGACAUGAAAUGUAGUCCAACCAUCAGCAUCUCAUGAUAUUAAACUGUGCGUGAUAUAAACUCUUAGAGAUAAGUUGACAAAAAAGUUAUCUUUUUACUUUGCCAGUCAUGCAAAUGUGAGUUUGCUACAUUAUUAUCAUCCUUCAUCAGAAACGGGACUGCAAGUGGGCAGUGUCCCUUCUGCUUGAAACCCAUUGAAACCAAUU